UUGGACAAAUGGACGUCACCGCUGCGCAAGUCGCAUUACGGGUACUCCUACUGUUGUCGUCGUCGCCCGCGACUUUCGUCCGAGUCCUGUGCGGCCGUCCCGUGUGGCUGACCGACGGCGAUACGCUGUACUUGAGAUGGCAGAGCGGGCUGGGCCUGUUGAAUCGUUGCUCCGUGGUGCUGCCCAACGGCACAGAGACAACCCUGUCCGACGCGGCUGCCGCAGUCACCGCCGCUAAUCUCACGUACGUGGGCGACGGUUAUCAGUCCGGGCAAUGCGGUCUAAGGGCCGUAAGUGUGAUGCCCGGCGUCGGCAAUUGGACGCUAACGGCGUCGUCGGUAGACGGGCGAUACAAUCGGGACACGAGUCGCGUCACGUGCAUCGCAAAACAAUGGCCCAGGUCGACGACAAUACGGGUGCCCGUUGGUACCGCGGUGAACGUCACGUGCGGACCACCGAAAGCAUUUUACUGUCGCAUGUCGGGACCGUCCGGCGAAGUGUCCAGGCACAAGGGCCAGUGUUGGGUAUACGUCAAGUCUGUCGGAUCGCACCACCAGGACAUGUGGACCUGCUGGUCGGUUACAGCUGAGUCCGCGGCUGAAGUUCAGUACACCCUUCGCUUGCACGCUUACCGAGAGGGUGCAAUAACGGAAGUCGGAUACGACGAAACACCGUCCGAGGUGCGGGUGUUCUGCAACGUUCGCAACAGUAACUCCACUGAAGUCGGCAGCGGAAAUAGCAAUGUUGUUGGUCAGGACGACAACUUUCGGUCCAAAUACUGCAGGCUUACGUUACCACGAGACACGAAGAUCCUGUCACUGGCGUACGGCAGAGGCACUAGUCGGUACUCGUAUCACGGUGCAGCGGACAACGAUUGUGGUGUGUCGUUCGCAAAACCGUUGAGACGAUCCGAAAUUGGCCGGUGGAAGUGUAUGAACGCUAUGUCCGACGAUCGAAUUUACGGCGGAUUCGUCGUCGUCGUACUGCCCAAUAAUACGAAAGGUAUACCACCGCUCACGGUGACAGCCAGCAAGUCUGUGAUGGUGCCAAAAGGCAACACGUUUCACGUGGAGUGCAGUGUACAUUCAGAAAUCGACUAUUGCUGGUUGCGGCAUCCCAACGGCACUGCUAUCCCAGUCACAGUUCCAGACAGAACUUUAGACGACGACCGGAAUAGGAUCGGAACUAGGUACCGGUACACGGGUGAAGGGUUGUCAUUCGGCCAAUGUUACGUAGCGAUCAGUGACGCCUUCACAUCGGACACGGGUGCUUGGCUUUGCGCUUUAGGUCUGCGCGACGACCGCCGUGAAAUGUACGGUACGGUGGACAUUACAGUUUCCGAGUCCGUGAUUGCGGCCCGCCAAGAAGAACUAUACGCGACCGAGGGCAGCCAGGUGACGUUGGGAUGCGACACGGUCGAAAAGCAACCUAUAGCCUACUGCCGGUUUCUCACGCCACGUCUUUUCGGAUUCGCCGUAGACGAGAAAUCGGACGCACAGCCACCGCCUCGAUACGCAUACUCUGGCCAAGGACUGACGGCAGGCCACUGCGGUUUGUCCAUCGACCGCGUGGACGAUUCCGACUACGGAAACUGGACAUGCGCCGUGAAAAUUCUCGAUUCUACCGGAUCUGAAGAAGUCAGUACGACCGUCCUAUUGCGAAAACCCGAAGGAUUUACGAUGAUCCAGAUCAUCGGCAUCGUGUUAUGCGGCACUAUGAUAUCCAUUAUGUCACUGUUCUUUGCCAAUCAUCUCAUCACCAAUCCGUCGGCAAAGACUAGGAAAAAAAUCGAAAAAUUAGAAAUGCAGCUCGAAGCAGGCGAACAAGGCGCAAGUCACAGAGUCGGCGCCAGACGCGCACAGAAUAGCACGCGGGUGAUCAGGACUCCGCCGGGUCGGAGCAAACAGGGGUCCGUACCUCGGAGAAUUUGACCGCUGCACUCGAUUAUUUUAUUCGCUACGAUUGAUAACAUUUCUGGUAGGUACUUGUAAAGUUGUAACACGAGAUCUUUACUGCAGCCAUCAACACUAGUUCGAUUCCACUCGAUAAUAAUCAAUACAUGUCUAUAUACGUAUAUUGAUACAAUAUACAUUCAUAUAAUAACAAUGAUGGCGUAUUGGCGUAUAAUAACAAAUUCCUAAUAAUAAAUUGGCCCCUGCGGAUUAUAUUUUAUUAUCUUCAACAUUAUUUGUUCACUAUUUAAUAUGUACAAAUCGUUAUGCCAAUGAUGAAUCCCACGAUGACAAACUUCUGUCAGACUCGCAUUGCUAAAGACUUGACUUACCUAUACAAUCACUAAACAUUUAAUGAAAUAAUAACGAGCUAUUAGAUAGUUCAUUAAACAUGAUUUAGUGAUCCUUGCCAUUUGUUCGUUAAAUUAAUCAUUUUUUAUAAAAUAUAUACAACUCGGCAUUUCGGCGUUUCUUAAAUAAAUGUUGUACGCAUAAUUAUUACAAAUUAAUAAUAAUAAAUACUCGAGAUAGUACGAAAUUUCA